AUGAUUCUCUCUCUCUCAUGCUUUUUCUCUCUCCGCGAAAUCUUUCCUCUGUUGGUACACACACACACUCUCUCUCUCUCUCUCUGUGUCUUUCUCUCUCUGAUUGAGAUCUUUUCUCUGAUGAGUCUCCCUCUCUCUUUCUCUCUCUGUGUCUUCCUCAAGGUUUUUCUCUCUCCGCGAAAUCUUUCCUCUGUUGGUACUCUCUCUCUCUCUCUCUUCUCCAUCUCUCUUUCUCUCUCUCUCUCUCUGUCUUCCUCAAGCUUUGUCGCUCUCCGUGAAAUCUUUCCACUGUUUGUUCUCUCUCUCUUUCUCUCUAUGGUUGAAAUAUUUUCUCCCUCUCCCUGUCUCUUUCUCUCUCUGUGGGAAAUACUUUUAUAUCUUGGUUCUCGCUCUCUCUCUCUCUCUCUCUCUCUCUCGCUUUCUGUUAAAUGUUUCCGCUGUUGGGUCUGUCCCUCUCUCUCUCUUUCUCUCUCUGUGAAAUCGUUCUCUCUUCGCCCCCCCUCUCUCUCUAUUUGCCCCUCUCUCUUUUUUUCUUUCUUUCUUUCUUUCUCUCCCCUUUUCUCUCUCUCUCUAUCUGUCUCUGUGAAAACUUUCCUCUGUUGGUUCUCACUCUCUCUCUCUUUUUCUCUCUUCGUGAAAUCUUUUUCUCUGUUGGUUCUCACCCUCUCUUUAUUUCUCCCUUUCUCUGUGAAAUAUUUUCUCUAUUGGUUCAUUCUUUCUUUCUUUCUUUCUUUCUUUCUUUCUUUCUUUCUUUCUUUCUUUCCAAACAUGUUUUAUUUCUAUCCAACGAAGAUUCUUUCUUUCUUUCUUUCUUUCUUUAUUUAUUUAUUUAUUUAUUUAUUUAUUUAUUUAUUUCUUUCUUUCUGCUUGAAAUCUAUUGGUUCACUCUCUCUUUUUCUCUCUCUCUCACUUCUUUAUCUCUCUCUCUCUUUGAAAAUUAGUCUCUCUCUCUCUCUCUCCCUCUCUCUCUCUUCCUCUCCGAAAAAUCUUUUCCCUAUUAGCAUCUGA